CAUAACAUCUUGGCAUGAGUAGUCAUAGUUUGUCAGAGCAUUCCCCCAAGGAAUAUAACGCCAUUGUGUGACGAACAACCCUUAGUUCACCAAAACAAAGGGCUGAUAAACUGCAAGAGACAGUUCCUAUCAGGAUUGUGGAGUCUGCAACCAGAUAUCAGCACAAAACAGAAUUGAAGAGAUGUAUCAUCAUCAACAACAGCUUCAGAGCCACAGCCAUUUCCUGUCUUCUAGGCAGACAUUCCCUCCAGAAAGGCACAUGAUUCUGCAAGGAGGGAGCAUUCCAGCAGAGUCAGGGCUUGUGCUUUCGACUGAUGCUAAACCUAGGUUAAAAUGGACGCCUGAACUACAUGAGCGUUUUGUGGAGGCAGUAAAUCAACUUGGUGGGCCUGAUAAAGCUACACCAAAGACAAUCAUGAGACUCAUGGGUGUCCCCGGACUAACACUAUACCACCUUAAGAGUCAUCUUCAGAAAUACAGGCUAAGCAAAAACAUUCAUGCCCAAGCUAAUGGUGGAAAUGCAAAAAAUGUGGUUGGCUGCGCCAUGGCAAUGGAGAAACCACCUGAAGGAAAUGGAUCACCGGCUAGCCACUUAAAUCUUGGAACCCAGACAAACAAAUCUGUGCACAUAGGUGAAGCCCUUCAGAUGCAAAUUGAAGUACAGCGCCGACUGCAUGAGCAACUUGAGGUACAAAGACAUUUGCAACUCCGCAUUGAAGCACAAGGGAAGUACCUACAAUCUGUGCUAGAAAAGGCACAGGAGACACUUUCAAAGCAGAAUGCAGGGUCAGUCGGUGUAGAAACCGCGAAGAUGCAACUGUCAGAAUUAGUCUCAAAGGUAUCAACAGAAUGCCUCCAGCAUUCAUUUACAGGCUUUGAAGAGAUUGAAGGUUCCCAAAUUCUACAAGGGCACACCAUCCAACUUGGCGACGGGUCAGUUGACAGCUGCUUAACUGCUUGUGAUGGCUCACAGAAAGAUCAAGAUAUCCUAUCAAUCAGCCUUUCUGCUCACAGAGGAAAGGAGAUAGGAGGCAUGGCCUUUGAUAUGCAAGCGAAAGAAAGAAGAGAGGAUUUGUUUCUUGACAAGCUAAGCAUGAUGCCUCCAAGCCACUUAGACAGGCAUGAGAGAGACAGUUUUAGUAUGACACGCAAGGCAGCAAAAUUGGAUCUGAAUAUCAAUGACACCACUGACGGGCCACAGAACUGCAAGAAAAUUGACUUGAAUGGGUUCAACUGGACCUAAGAAGAGUUAGAAAAGAGACUGCAAAUUAAAUCUGACUUGAUUUAUCAAGAGUGACAUGGUUAUAAGCUUGAGAUUGGCUCUUUCUGCCAAGAUAGCAGCAAAGAGAGGAAGUGAAACCGAAUGAGCUCUUCAGAAGAACAGCAGCAUUGACAUAUCCUCCAUGGCAGGACCUAGCUGACCUUCGGAACAGCGGUGCUGUCGGCCCAUCACAGUUCAGUGAAAUAAGUGAUGGAAUUAACAAUAAGUAGGUCAUGUAGAUCGGUAGAGUGUAUUUGAGAGAAUCGAGUGUUCUCCGGCUAUACCUUAUUGUGAUUCUGUACCAACAUAUAAAUACAAAGAUUUUUGUCACAAAA